AUGAAAAGGGCUAUCAAAGAGUUGCGAUUGCGCAAGAAAGUUACUAUUAGAAGGAAAAGAAAGAGCAAGAAAAAGGAAGUCGUUGGUGGUAGCAAAACCACACAGAAAGCGGUUAAGGAAAGGAAAACUACAAUCACCAAUCUGAAACAACAAAUUAAUACUGAGAAGCAAGAAGAAACACAGGAACAACAGCUGCAGCAGGAGGAGAAGCAGGCACCGUCCAAACGGCGAGUAGCAAGAGCCUUUGAAGCAUUUCGAACUCGUAAUGGCAGCAACAAACAACAACAAACUUUGACUGGAACUCGUCUCUUGUCGGGGUCCUUUCAGCUAAUCUCAUCCACGGCCGGAUUCGUGGCCACGGGAGUACGAGUUACGGGGGAUACAGCAGCCGGGUUAAUGGGGACAUCGGUAAAAGGCAUUGGAACGGUUGUCAAAACGGUGGGUGUUGGACUGAAUUCUGCCAGUAAAUUGUUGGACAAGAAUUCAGACAAGGGGGGCAGCACUUCUAAACUCGACUUGGAUGUUGACACUUGUCGAGCUACCGACAGGAUCACAGAGCAGCAGCAACAGAACACGUCAAAGCAACAAUCCAUCCUCAACCAACCAGAACAAAAGAAAAAGAAAGAGCCCAACCAUAAGCGACCGUAUAUCAAACGGACACAAGCAGUCGCGGCCAAGACUGUGCGAUUGCUGGGUAAUGUCUUUGAUGGGCUCGGCGAGACGAUGCUGAUUGCCGGGGUUGCUGCAGAGUCUCUGGCAUCGUCCACAGCUGGGGUUGCCGAAGAAACCGUGCGUAUUAUUGAGGAUCUAGCGGGGACUAUCUCGAUUGCCAUUUCUUUGCGAGGUGAACAUCGAAACAAGAAGAAAAACGACAAGAACGAAGAAUCGCCUUUGUCCAAUCAGCAACAACAUAACAAACGAACACCUGUGUUUCUCUCGUUUGGCACGUAUCCUGAUAACGAAGGGACUUUCUUAUCCGAAGAUGAGAAACGAGCAAGGCUCCUGGUACAGCUUCAGGCCCAAUGGAUGAAGGAACCAACAAUACACCACAGUUGGGAGCUCAUCGAGCUACUUAGGGAGGAUAUUGCGACCUUUGGAAGGAACGUUUCAGCAGAUGUAGAAGGAGUCCCAAGUAUGACGACUGAGCUUGCAGCAGCCCUUCUCUUGUGUCACCUGCUGGCUGUUGUCGUGCUCUAUCGGCGGCCAUCCAAGGGAGAAGGGGUUGGCGAGUCAAAGGCGCCACUUGGAAACCCAGGCAAAGAUACUCCCGUGACGGAUGCGUGUUGGAGCUCGAAGCUGGAGUGGGUACAUUCGAAAGUACUCACAAACUGCCAAGCAGUUCAAUCCCUGUCAAUGUUCCAGAUCAUCUGUAGCACAUCACGGUGCCUCGUCAAUCUGCUAUUCGCACUCCUCUGCCACACUGGCAGGCUUUUGUUUCGUGUUGGAUGCAGCCGGGAGCUGCUUCUCCUCCUAGUCUAUGGUCUGGUCUGGACUUACCUCAGUCGUCGAUGCCAGGAUAAGGCGUUGUUGGUACAAAGGCAUGCAGAGGCGGUAGGCUUUCGCAAUGGCCUCGCCACCAUAUCGGGGACAUCACUUCCCACGGAGACUACACUGUGGUUGAACAAAGUGCUAAAGAAAGUUUGGCGCGUGGACUCUGAAACUGACUUGUCCCAUCAGUACCCAGUCUUUGUAAAGAGGGCGUCAAAAGCAAUGACAAAUUUGAAACAAGGAGGACUAGAGCCUUUCUUGUCGUCUGCCAUUGGGACUGGCAUCGUCCGGGGACUCGACCUUGCAAAGACUCUGAGACCCACAGAUGUGGCUUACGUUUCACUCUUUUCUCUGUCUCUUGGAAGUCUCCCGCCAAUGGUCCGGAGUGUGAGAAUCAGUGAAGGAACUUGGCACGAGAACCGAAUCGAAGUUGACUUGGAGGUUGACGCCUUUUUGGAAGAUUUGAUGAUGGUGCUCGACGUGAAACUUUCGUCGUUGAGCUAUGCCCUGUUGCCUUCAACCCAGAUCAAGAUCCACAACGUCAACUUUCGGGCGUCGAUCAAGGCUGUGUUAUUCCUAGCGCCCCAGCAUCCCUUUGUCUCAACCGUCGAGCUUUCAUUUGCUGAACAGCCGCUCUGCGAUCUUCGAGUAACCCCUGUGAGCAAGGACAGAAGCCUCCUUCAAGGCAUUGACUUGGGAGCAAUACCAUUUUUGAAUGAGUGGAUUAAGGAAGCUAUCAAAUCUGGAUUGUCGCAAUAUGUGUCUCCGCGUUACGUCAGCAUUGAAGUUGAUGAGCUGCUUCACAGCAGACAAAACCACUUCCAGGAAAAGUCUUUACCCAGCGCGAGUCUGAAGAACCUUCGACGCAAAACGCUCCACUCUGUCGUCAACCCACGCACAUCUAUUCCACAAGGGAUUGCCGUUGCGUCGGUUGCAGACAAGCUAGAGUCCCAUCAUUCAUCUUGUCAACCCGUGGCAACUGUAGACACUAGCACUACUGCACCUCGUCGUCAAGACGAACAGAGGAAUGAGAGAGCUUUCCUGAGACCAGUGACGGAGUUAUCCCGGUUGGCCCAGGAGCGGCAUGAUCUCAAACAAGACAACCCAAUACGGCCGGUCACGGAGCUUUCUCGGCGUGGCUUGGAUCGUUGGCUGGAAUCUAAACUGAAGGUCAAACAGGGCUUGUAA